UAUGCAUAUACACAAUACACAGUGUAGUGUGAUUUCAGUCACGUCGUUAAGAUUAAUCAUUAUAAGUAAAAUAAAAUAUUUUAAUUAUUUGAAAUAUGUGUUAUCUUUAUUUAAAUAUAUAAUUAUAAAAAAGAAUAUUUCUAAGUAUAAGUAAAUAAAGAUUUACGUUAUUGGUAGCACGUAGACUAGUCGAUGUUAUAAAAAGUGGAAAAAUAUCGCGGGGGCGCGCGGUAUUAUUUUAUUAUCAAUUUCAAAACGUAAUUGAAAAGUAUACCAGUGAACUUAAUCAUGAAGAUUGAAGCCAAUGAAAAUAUGUUUGGAGUAUUGAUACUAUUUACUGUGUUUUCACCUUCUAUUGUACAUUCUAAUUAUUUUAAUACAAACAAUGAAAAGAAUGAUCAAUGUUUCUGUAAGUUGAAAGGGUCAAUAGAUGAUUGUAGUUGCAAUGUGGAUACAGUGGAUUAUUUUAAUAAUAUGAAAAUUUACCCAAGAGUUCAGAGUCUUCUAGUCAAAGAUUAUUUUCGUUUUUAUAAAGUAAAUUUAAACCAUGAAUGUCCUUUUUGGACUGAUGAUAGUAAAUGUGCUAUAAGAUAUUGUCAUGUACAACCUUGUCAAGAUGAAGAUAUUCCAGAUGGUUUAAAAGGGGAUAUAUUGAGAAAUAUUCAUUUCAAUGAAAAUCCUAUGGAUAAAUACAAAAUCAAAGCACAAUAUGAUGAUUGUUUAUAUAGUGCGAAAGAUCAUAAUAAAGAACUUGGUUAUUUAAAUACAACAAUUAGUUCAGAGAACUACAAGGAUUUUGAAUUGUGGCAGCAAUAUGAUGAUGCUCAAGAUAAUUUUUGUGUAAAAGAGUCAAGUCCUGGAGAGUAUGUGGAUCUUUUAUUAAAUCCUGAAAGAUACACAGGUUAUAAAGGUCCUAGUGCACAUAGAAUAUGGAAAAAUAUUUAUAUGGAAAAUUGUUUUAGACCUGAAAAUUCACCACAUAAUUUUAUUCAAUCUUCAAAAAUAAAUGGGAUGUGUUUGGAAAAGAGAGUUUUUUAUCGUGUUAUAUCAGGACUUCAUGCUAGUAUUAACAUUCAUUUGUGUUCAAAAUAUUUGUUAUCAUCAAAAGACAAUUUAGGGAUAGUACCUGGUGGCCAAUGGGGCCCUAAUUUACAAGAAUUUCAGAAAAGAUUUUCACCAGAAGAAACAGGAGGUGAAGGUCCAAAUUGGUUAAAAAAUUUAUACUUUACUUAUUUAUUAGAGUUAAGAGCUUUGGCUAAAGCUGCACCAUAUUUAGAAAGGGAAGAAUAUUAUACUGGUAAUAAAGCACAAGAUAAAGAUACUCGUUUGGCAAUAAAUGAUAUUUUAAAUAUUAUUAAGUCAUUUCCCGAUCACUUUAAUGAAAGCGUCAUGUUUACUGGCGGAUCUGAAGCCCUGUUAUUAAAAGAUCAAUUUAAACAACAUUUUAGAAAUAUUUCUCGUAUUAUGGAUUGUGUAGGUUGCGAUAAAUGUAAAUUAUGGGGAAAACUUCAAAUACAUGGUUUGGGUACAGCAUUAAAAAUUCUCUUCUCAGGGAAGUUUGAUAGAUGGGAAUCAACUUUAAAUAAUUUUAAUAGAAGGAAAUUUUUUUUAGAAAGAAGUGAAAUUGUUGCACUUAUAAAUGCUUUUGGAAGAUUAUCAGAAAGUAUUUUUGAAUUGCAUAAAUUUAGACAAAUGAUAAGAUAGCAAAAUAUUGAUUAAUAUAUUAUAUAAUUAACUCACUCUAGUAAAAUACAUCACACAAAUCGAUUUAUAUAACCUUUGAUUAUAUAGUAAGUUUAUAAAAUAAUGGAUCUAUAUCAGUUACAAAUUGCUAAAAAAUAUUAUAUUCAUAUUUAAAAUACGGCAUAAAGUCGCAAUAAAAGUUAUUAAGUUUAAUAUAUAAUCUUUUAUAUAUUUUUUAUUUAAGAUAAGAAUUAAUUUGAUAUUAGUAAAAAUUAUAACCCAGUAAUAUAUAAUAUUGAUCGAAUUAAUAAAAAAUAAUGUCAAUUCUUAUAUCAUUAUAUUAUCUUAUUUUAUUGCGAUUUUAUUGAUAACUUCAACUCUAUCUGUGAUAAAUAUUUUGUCUUUAGAGAAGAGUCUUCUACCAGUUCUGAAAAGUAUAUAGCCUAUUCAGUUUUU